AUGGUUGCAUCUUCGAAUCCUACAGAGGCCGCCAAGCCUGGCACCCCACCGCCCACUGAACCAGCACUUCCCAGUGAACAGGAAGCGCCGCCAGUGACGACAGAAGCGUCACAACCCACAGCGGCGGCCACCGAGACAGCUCCCGCGCAGAACUCCAGCGAGUCGCAGACCACAAAAGCUCCCGAAAGCGCUCCAAAUGCCUCAUAUGCAGCGUGUGACCUACCCGAAACGAAGGAGCAGAAAGACUUUAGCGGCGAGGUCGAGACGAACAAUGACCUGCCCUCCGUCGAGACACAGCGCAAGAUCGAGAACUACGUGGUGCUAGAUCGCCAUGGCAAGACGCACACGUUCAAGAGCCUCUACAGCGGCCGCAGUGUUGCCAGGAGAGUGCUCGUCAUCUUCAUCCGCCACUUCUUCUGCGGUGAGUAUCUACGCACCCUGACCGCCUCCAUAACGCCCGACGCCCUCCUGGGCCUGCCGGUCAGCACGUUCAUCGCCGUGGUCGGCUGCGGCGACCCGGGCCUGAUCGACUCGUACACGGCCGCGACGGGCUGCCCGUUCCCCAUCUACGCGGACCCGACGGCGAAGCUCUACUCGGAGCUGGGCAUGGUCAAGACGCUGGCGCUCGGCUCGCGCCCGGCGUACAUGAAGAAGUCGCUGCUCAAGGGCUCCAUCGAGUCGAUCAUCCAGGGGCUCAAGCACAUCCCCACCGGGCUGGCGUUCAAGGCCGGCGACCAGAGGCAGAUUGGGGGCGAGUUCCUCUUCGAGCCCCUGAAUAUCUUGUCUCCCUACCCCAUCACGCCUGCGCGGGAGCACGACAAGCAGCUGGGAAACGGCAGCGCGAACGGAGCAGCGACAGAUGAUCCGACGGCGACGACUCACGACAAGCCGACCAGCUUGCAUGAGGACGAGGAGGAGGGCCAAGUCGAGGAGAAGAGGAUCACUUGGUGCCAUCGCAUGAAGAGCACGCGAGAUCAUGCAGAGGUCCCAGAGCUGAUGGAAGUCCUGGGGCUAGACGGGCAGGGAGAGCCGAUUAAGGAUCAGAAGCGGUGGUCGAAGGCGCUGCGGGAGAGGAAGGGGACGGGACUCAGCAUGGCUUCUCAGAUGAGCCAGAUCAGUCAGAUGAGGGCCAGCACCGCGCCAAGCUCGGAAUGA